AUGCUUCUCCUUCUCAACCCAUCGACGCCUCGACUAGCGCUCCUCCACUUCCCACGCCAAAGCUCACUAACAGCCAGGCGGAGCAGCGUGCUACACGACUACAGUAACAUCUACAUUUACCAACCAAGUGCGCGAUCAUCCACAAUGCCGCCCAUGAUCCCCUCGCGCGGCGGUCCCAGCGCGGCCAAACGAGGCAUUGCGUCCAGAGUGCCCAUGGGGGGCAAGUCCAAGACUAUCCUUCCCGGCGCGGCAGGUGCCAAGCGACACCGUAAAAUACAAAAAGAUUGCAUCAAGGGCAUCACGAAGCCCGCUAUCCGCCGUCUCGCCCGUCGCGGUGGUGUCAAACGUAUCUCUGCCACGAUCUACGAUGAGGCACGCGGUGCUCUCAAGUCAUGGCUUGAAGCAGUUCUCGGCGACUGUAUCACGUACACUGAACAUCGUGGGGCCAAGACAAUCACAAUCCACGAUGUACUCCACGCUCUCAGACGUAGAGGCACGCCGAUUUACGGUUUUGACCCGGAUACUUGGGUCGACCCGAAGAGCCGCAAGGCGGCGGUGAAACAGGACUGA